AUGCUGGCUCCCGUGGCAUUAUGCAGUGUAUCCUGGUUGCUGCUUUCCAGUCUAAUGCUCCUAUCUCAGGUGCAAGGUGAAGACUCCCAGGACACACUGGCCUCAACACGAAUCAACUGUCCCAGAGGUGCAAAGGCCUAUGGCCCCUACUGCUAUUCCCUCUUUAGAACACCUAAAUCCUGGACUGAUGCAAAUUUGGCCUGCCAGAAGCGGUUCUCAGGACACCUUGCAUCAGUGAUCUCUGCAGUUGAAGGGGCCUUCGUGUCCUCUCUAAUCAAGAGCAGAGGAAGCACCUACCAAUACGUAUGGAUUGGGAUCUAUGACCCCACAAUGGGCCUAGAAUCCAAUGGACUUGGAUGGGAGUGGAGUAACAGUGAUAUACUGGAUUACACUAACUGGGAGAGGAAUCCUUCCAGUGGCUCUGACCACGGUUUCUGUGGGAGCGUGUCACGAGCCUCAGGAUUUCUGAAGUGGAGAGAUUACAACUGUGCUGCACAGUUACCCUAUGUCUGCAAGUUCAAGGGCUAGGGUGGAUAGCAG